UCAUUGAGGAAGCACUUGUUUUUACUAAACUAUGUAAUACAUGUAUUUUCUCAGAUGGUUGUACAAACAAUAACGAUAUUAUGUCAUAUCCAUAUCAUGCCAGACAACAUAUACUCAAGUGUUGGGUUUUCUUAGUUAUUUUUUGUAGGGUCUUAAACCUACAAUGUGAAGUUGGCACCUUACAAAUAAACUGAAUUGUAAUAAAUAUAAUAUCAAGCCCCACACUUCUGCCUUUAUAUAAACUUUGUCCAAAAUACUGGCUCACACCACCAAAUCAAUGCACAAAGCAGGGUCCACAAGGACAUGGAUGAGCGUGUGUGGUGUGAAGGAACUUGACUGACCUGCACUGAACCCUGAUCUUGCUUUGUGGACUGAGUUCAUUGAUUUGUAGGGUGAGCCAAUACAUGUGACAAUUAAAGUGUAAGUAGUGAAGUCCAAGGUCAGUGAGAAGUACUGAGUGAUGCAACUCGAGCACAAAGUACAAUUCAGAAUCAUUAACAAGUAUAACAGCUAUCUUCCCAAAAACCAAGCCAUCAUCAGUGUCAUCUACAAUGGAAACAUAGCCUUCGACAUACUUGGUACCUUUGUAGACAACUGCUGACACAUCCAAAGUGGUCUGAUUAGUGCAGCCUGCUUUUGCCACAGCUUCUUGAAUGACAGUUCUUUGAACUGUAGGUGGAAACAGUUGGCUCACUGAGAGGUAGGACUGCAGUAACUGAUGCCGUUCUGUCACAGUCUUGCAUAAGUUGACAAACUUGUGCACUGUUUUUGUACAUGCUUUGAAAUAUGAGUGCUUGCUCUCAAAUCUAAGGGUCCACAAACAAAUGAGUGGUCCAAAGUGAAGGAUAAGCUCUGCAUAAUGUAACAAAUAGUGAUGUUUAGCUUUUAAAGCUUUGUCAGGAAACCUACUGUGUCGCAGAUGUAUAUAGUCCUCUAUCAGUAUCUUUAGGUAGGCAAUGUCAUUGUGACUUAUUUUGGGGGAACAUACAAGAUCAACAAUGUCUCUAAGUUUAAGGCAUAACUACCAAACCUCACUAUCCACAGGAUGUUUUAUCUUUCCACCAAUGUACAGAGGCAGAAGUCGCAGAAGACACCAGUUCUGUGCUGCUGAACUCCCCCAGCCUCUGCCCUGUUUUCACCCCACAUGGCUUACUUAAAGCAUCACUUCCUACGUGUUUGAACUGUACAAUUGCUCUGUUUAACUGGCAGAGGUGGGACCAAGUCAUUGUUUUGCAAGUCUCAAACCCUAAUGGAUUAACCACUUCAAAUGCAUCUCACCCUGGGUCAACACACCUGAAUCACAUGAUUAGUUCAUUACCAGGCCUCUGGAGAACUUCAAGACAUGUUGAGAAGAACCAGUAUGGAGCAGAUCAGAGACCGUGUUUUCAAGCAUAAAAACUACAAUUUUGUGGCCAGUCUUUCAACUCCAGAGUACAUAGACUCUCUUGAGAGUUUUGAAAUAAAAGACAGUGAUGUCUUCCUUGUCACUUAUCCAAAAUCAGGCACUGUAUGGGUUCAGCAGAUCAUCAUUUCCAUCCACGAACUGGAUGGGAAUCAGACUAAAUAUUCAAACAACAUGGAGAGGAUGCCGUGGCUGGAGUACAAGAUGGCUGAAUACACUCUUCUUCCCUCUCCACGACUCUUCACCUCGCAUCUCCCUGAACACAUCAUGCCUCCAGGAGUGAAGGAGAAGAAGGCAAAAAUCGUGUAUUUGAUGAGGAAUCCAAAGGACAACAUGGUGUCUUUUUAUCACUUCAGCAAAGCCCUGGCAGACCUGGAAACUCCCGAGAGCUUUGACCAGUUUUUUGAGUGGUACAUAACAGGAAACGUUUUUGCGUCAUCCUGGUUUGACCACGUCAGGGAGUGGUAUUUAAACAGAGACCAGUACAACAUCCUCUUCCUGACCUACGAGGAAAUGAUUUUGGACCUGAAAGGAUCAGUGAAGAAGAUCUGCAACUUCUUAGGGAAAAACCUGACUGAAGCUGCUAUCAGUCAAGUUGUGGAAAAAGCUACAUUUCAGAACAUGAAGAAUGACUCGAAAGCAAAUUAUCAGCAUCUUCCGCCAGAGGACUUCAGUGGAAUAUUCCUGCGCAAAGGUCGGAUUGGAGACUGGAAGAACACACUGACUGUUGCACAGAGUGAAAGAGUGGAUCAAGUCCUUCGGGAGAAACUUGGUGAUUUGCCUUUAAAGUUCAUCUGGGAAUAAGCAGAGAAACCCGUCUCCCAGGAGUUUUUAAAGCAUUGAUCAUUAAGUGCAUUAAUCAGAAAACCAUAAAAAUGUGUUUUUCUGCUAUUUAAAUAAUAAAAAAAACAUCAACAAAAGAUUAAUGUUUGUUCACCCAAGAUGGAUUCAUGUCAUGUAGAUCAUGAUUCCAGAAAUCAACAACGUUCAUUAAUAAAAUGUUUAUCAGUCAGUA